AUGUCUGUUCAUAGAGAGAAAAUUGAUGUGACUCAUUUACCCCAUCACUAUGAUGGUCAAGUGACUCUUGCUGUUAUUGGUGGAACUGGAUUAUACGAUUUACCAAAUUUACACCCAAUUGCAAGGUUGACGAUUAGUACUCCAUGGGGGUUCCCAUCUAGCCCAAUUACAAUUUCCAAAACUGAACUGGGGUUCCCUGUGGCCUUCUUGGCAAGACAUGGCCAACAUCAUGAUUUGUUACCCAGUGACGUUCCAUCGAGAGCCAAUAUUGCUGCAUUAAAGAAAUUGGGAGUCAAAGCGAUUAUCGCCUUUUCAGCUGUUGGUUCGUUACAACAAGAAAUCAAGCCAAGAGAUUUUGUAUUGCCUACACAAAUCAUCGAUAGAACUAAAGGUAUCAGACCAUCAACUUUUUUCGAAAAGGGAUUUGUUGCUCAUGCAAUGUUUGGUGAACCAUUUGACUUGAAAUUGAAUUCACUUGUUGCGAAUGCUAUACCAUCAGAGGGUUUCCUCGAAGGAUACGACAAAGAAGAUGCCAACCCAACAUUGCAUACUAAAGAACACACCAACAAUGGUGAAGAUUUGACAGUUAUAUGUAUGGAAGGUCCUCAAUUUUCCACUCGUGCGGAGUCUAAAUUGUACCGUUCAUGGGGUGGAUCUAUCAUCAAUAUGUCCGUGUUACCCGAAGCCAAAUUGGCAAGAGAAGCAGAGAUUGCUUACCAAAUGAUCUGUAUGUCUACUGAUUACGAUUCAUGGAACGAGAGUGAAGAGCCCGUCACUGUGGAGACAGUUGUUGGUAACUUGAAAGCCAACUCAGCCAAUGCUUGUAAGUUGGCAGCAAAGUUGAUUGAUGAGUUUGCUGAAAAGGGAGGCGAAAUCGGAAAUGAUAUACAAGGAUCAAUGAAAUUCGCUGUUAGUACUAGUCCUCAUGGGGUAAAGAAGGAGUUGUUGGAAAAGAUGCAUUUCUUGUUCCCUGGUUAUUGGCAAGUUUAA